ACAACCAUAAACCCCCGCCAUCAGUUUCACACUCCUCCGCAGCUAACCGUUAGGCUUAUCUAGGGUUUCGUCCUCUCCUCCACUCUUCGUCGUCCUCCAUGGCCAAGAAGCCAAUCCGCGGCCGUCGCUCGCCGCCUUCCGGCUCCGGUUCUUCCUCACUCUCCCGCUCCCCUUCCGGCUCAUUCUCCGGCUCGUCCUCCCGCUCCUCCUCGCGCUCCCGAUCUCGCUCCAGGUCCUCCGCCUCCUCCUCCUCCCGGAGUGGCAGCUCUCGUAGCCGUAGCCCUCGCUCCUCCAAAAGAAGUCGAGGUCGAUCUCCUACAUCAUCUAAAAAGGCAUCUCCACUUCCAAGGAAAGCUUCUCCUGCUCGUGAGAAAGCUAUCCUUCACAUUGAUAAGCUUUCAAGGAAUGUGAAUGAAGACCAUUUAAGAGAAAUCUUUGGCAACUAUGGUGAAGUUAUAAAGGUUGAUCUGGCAAUGGAUCGUAGUGUUGAUCUUCCCAAAGGAUAUGCAUAUGUGGAGUUCAAGAUGAGAGCAGAUGCUGAGAAAGCACUUUUACACAUGGAUGGUGGUCAAAUUGAUGGGAAUGUAGUUCAAGCAAAGUUUACAUUACCUCAGCGUCAGAAGUCGCCCCCUCCUCCUAAGCCUGUUGUGACUGCUCCAAAGAGAGAUGCUGUGAAAGCUGAUGGUAUUAGUGCUGAUAAGGAUGGACCAAAGCGUUUGAGGGAAGGUUCUCCUCGUCGGAGACCACCUUCCCCACGAAGGAGAUCUCCAAUAGCUCGUAGAGGUGGAUCUCCAAGAAGACCACUAGAUUCUUCGCCACCACGUCGCAGAGCUGGUUCCCCUUACCGUCGCGGUGAUACAUCUCCAAGAAGGAGGCCCAUUUCCCCAUCCCGAGGCCGUUCUGGAUCUCCAAGAAGACGGAGAUCCCCAGCAAGGAUUUCGCCAAGAAGGAUGCGUGGCAGCCCCCCUGGUCGCAGACGUGGCUCUCCUUUAAGGCACCGAUCACCUCCUCGACGAGCUCGUAGUCCUCCCAGAAGGUCUCCAAUCAGUCGUAGGCGUAGCCGUUCUCCUAUUCGCAGGCCUGCUAGGUCACGAUCAAGAUCAAUUUCACCAAGGAGAGGUCGAGGUCCAGCAAUGAGACGUGGUAGGUCGUCAUCAUCAUCAUCCUCUGGAUCACCUGGUCCACGCAAGGCUGUCCGGAAGAUACCAUCUCGUAGUCCAAGAAGGCCUGCAAGGGGAAGAAGUAGUAGCAACAGCAGCCGAAGCAGUUCACCGCCGCCUCCUCGUAGGCCAUAGGUUUUUACUAGCAGGUCACCCCCUCGUAUCCAGUACGUAAUACCCACAUCCCUCCACCCUUCUCUUCCCCUCCCUCUCUCCCCUGGAAUCACUUUGCCAUGAAAAUGUACUACCGACAUUGUCAACAGACUGUUAUUCUAAGUUGAUAGUUCUGGUUUUGGUUUUUGUUCAGGUUAUUGUGUUGAGUGUUGAGUGUUGAGGUGUUAUUUGAUGAACUUUUUUCUUUCCGUUUUACUUGUAUGAACUGGAGAUUAAAGUGUUGGCUGAUGGAAUGUUGGCGAAGCUAUUGUAACAACGUAUAUGUACCGUUUCAAAUUCAUGGUGUAA